CACAACUCACUUUUUUAUGAAUGGGAUGACGUCAGCAACAAACCCCUCCCCCACCGCUGCGGGAAAAACCUCACGAUCAGAGAGACACGCAUCAUCUUCCUCUUCCUCUUCAUCAGUGAACGUCAUCAUAAGCUCCAGCUGAGCUCACUCCCUCCGGUCCUGGAUAAUUCCUGACAACACUGGGAUCCUCAUUACAACCACAGGGACCGGCUAGUCACUGGAGUGCAGCGAACUGUUCACGUGUGGAGCGUCACUGACUAGUACCUGGAAGAGCUGGACGACAGGGUGGCAUCAUGGCUCUUAUUAUCGGAUGGUACCAGUCUAAUUCCUGGAUAGGAGCGGACUGACUCAGCCUGUGGGGACAGUCUUCUUCCUGAACAACAUCCUCAUUAAAUGAAUCCGUGCCGGGGCCUGGGAUCUGGCUAACACCUGGCAGAUCCUCACCUCCACGGUGCCCUCGGACCUGGACAUCUGGUGAAGCCUCCCCCAGGGACCAGGGUAAUCUCUGGAUCCGAGUCUCUGGCAUGUUCUGUUUCUGCCUGCAGAGUUCCCUGCUGAAGCUCCAGGGACCGGAGGUGGAGGGGGGGCCCUCGCGGGGUCCGUCCCCAGAGGAGAGCCCCCCUGCCCUGGGCAGCAAGGGGCAGAGGAGCCCCUGUGGCCCCGCGGAGCUCCGAGGGAAGGAGGAGAAGACCCGGGUCCUGUGUCACGGUGUCCCCCCCGAGGACAGCAGACAGACAGAGCAGCUCCCGGUCCUGGGCAGAACCCCCCAGCCCCUGACCCCCGAUGGAGCGCUGCCCCCCGGUCCUCCCCGCUCACCCUACUCCCCCCAGAGGAGCAGCCCCAGAUGUGAGGGGGUUGGAGGAGGUGGGGGAGGAGAAGGUGGGGCUCUGCUCCAGCUGCUGGCGGGGGGGCCCAGCCCCCUCCCCUCCCCAAGAUGCCUGAGCAGCCUGAGGUUCAACUGUGACACGGACACGCCUCCAUCCCCCCCCUGCAGCCAGCAGUACAGACUGUCUCGAGGUCGGGGGGACAGGACGGAGGCUUUGGAGGACGACUGUCCCCCCCCCAUCCCCCUCCUCACCAGACACAUUCAGACGCUGAAGAAGAAAGUUCGCAAAUUUGAGGAUCAGUUUGAGCAGGAGAUGAACUACAAGCCGUCGCACAACGACAAAUAUUCAAACCCAGAGAUGAUCCGAGUGAUGAGCGAGCUCGCCAAGGCCCGGAAACAACUGAAAGAGCUGAGACUCAGGCAGUCGGUGUUUGAGUCCACGGAGCCGGACGGGUCAGAGAACCUCUGCAGGUCCAGCUCCGGGCAGCAGGGGGCGACAGAGCACAAACCAACCCUGGAGGAAACAGUGGAGUCUCUGUUCAGACGUCUGAGAGAGAAGAGACACGAGCUCGGUCUGCCCGACAACAUGAAGGAGAUGACCCAGGCUCAGAUGGUGUUGGAGAAGAUCACGCUGCAGAAAUGUCUUCUGUACUUUGAGAGUCUUCAUGGUCGACCAGGAACCAAUCAGGAGAAGAACCUGGUGAAGCCUCUGUACGACAGAUACCAGAUGAUCAAACGUUCACUGUGUGCCAGCCCCAUCUCCACCAUCGAGGAAGAGGACGGAUCUGAUGAAGACUCCUUGAGUUCAGUGACGGUGGUGGAACGUCCUGUCCUCCGUCCUCUCAGAGCAGCCCGUCCUCCAGCCGGGGAGGAGGACAGCGACAGGGACAGCGACCCGGCCUUCGUGUCCCCGAUAGACGAAGUGAAAGCCGUCCGUCAACAAGCGGCGGUCACCACGUCCAACCUGCACGAAGCCUCCAGGUCUCAGCUGCUUCAGAGUCUGCGGGAGACGAGAGCCGAGAAGAAGACGAGGCGUAAAGCUCUGAGAGUGUUCGAGGACCAGUUCCAGCGUCAGACCGGGAGAAUCUGCCAGAAAGAGGAUCGCAGCCCCAUGAGAGAAGAAUACCAGGAGUACAAACAGCUGAAAGCUAAACUGCGGCUGCUGGAAGUUCUGCUCAGCAAACAGGACGUCACCAAACCCAUGUGACAGAUGACGGGUGUCAAUCAUCACGAUCAGAUCCUCACGUGUUUGACAGCUGAACGUUCGGGGGGGUCUGGAGCUCGGUACGUCUUCCUCCAGGAACCGACUCGGCGCUGCCUCCUUCUAGAGCAGUCGUCUCUGUUGUGUCUGUUCCAGUGAGAACCAGCGUCCUACAGGAUCGGUCCACAUGAAUUAUUAUGAAACUGCCUUUAUUCCAUUCAGUAACUGAAGUUUAUUCUCUGUCUGAUUUUCGCCUUUGAUUUAAAGGACCAAACAUUUUUAUAGAGACUAAAUGAGUUUGUCCGACUGGAAGCACUUUAAGGAGAAUUCUUCAUUAGGAAGGUAGUAGUAGAAGAAGAAGAAGAAGAAGAAGAAGAUGGUCGGGCUGACGCAGUGCUAGCUGUAACAAAGUGAACCACCAGGUAGUGAGCUGGUCAGAGCAGCAGGAGGUCGGUGGAGGGAUCGAGCUCGUGGCCGCUGGGCCGAGCAGAGAAGUAGAAGAAGAACACGGUAGACGGCGGCUGGCACCUUGACGCUGGUGGCCACCUGCCAAUCAACCAAACAAAGAAGAAGGGCAAGAAGAAGAAAGCAUUUUAUUAAGUAGUGAAAGAGAAAUAGAAAUAGAGCAGUAGGUGGCGGUAAUGCACCUUGAGGUUGAACAAAGAAGAAGAAGAAGAACGUCUGUGAAACAUCUGAGAGUCGAGAACACAAAGUUAUUUGAUCUAAAAUCUCAUGAGGUCACGAAGUCUGUUCGACUCGUACUUUGCUCGAUGACAUUUGUAAAUCUACAUCUUCCUAAUAACUUAACUGAGGAAAUUCUUUGAUGUUCAAAGGCUCCAAAUCAAGUGUUAAUCUCAUGGAGAGCUGGGCCCUGAUUUCACUGCUGUGGUUUCAAAGGUAAACGUGACAAACUAAACAACGUCCCAGUUCACAUCUGGAACAGCUGCUGAUGUUCAGGGUCUCAGGGAAAUCUCAACUGGAGAAGUUUGAGGAUGAAGAUGCAAUUUACAAAUUAUUGUCCAUAAACUAUAUGUGAAGAAAAUAUAUCACAGCACUUUAUGUUAAGAAGAGAAUUUAUUUUGUAUUUUGUGUUAGUAUUCAGUUCCUGUUUACAGAUCAUUGUUGUGUUUCACAUUGAUUCCAUCAUUUUGAGAUAUUUGCAUUAACAUUAUCAGAGAAAAGCUGCAGGUAAAUAAUCCUGUGAAGAAUCUCCACUGAAGUUAGAAGAAAAGGGCGAACACCUAAAUUAAAUUACAAAGUCCCCAGUGGAAGAAGAAUGAAAGUGAAAUGAGCUGAACAAACAUUGUGUUGGAUCCAUUUCUCGACCCAACUUCAAUAUAACAUGAACAUUCACCUUCCAAAAGAAAAAGCAUUUAGUUGUAGAGAGAAGUGAUUUCUCCAGAAGCUCUCCUGAUGGCUCCACUGAGGACUGCAGAUGUCUCCAGGUCCAACAUGGACUCCUGCUGUGAGGGUAAAUCCUCUCUGUGUUCUGGAACUCUGGUCUGCUUGAUAUAUUUCUAUACAAAUCACAAUAAAUAUUUUUGCUAAAAACAGGA